CAAGAUCUAAGUUUUCUGUUAUGAAAUGUUUAAUUACUUGCCCCGGAAUUGUCACGCAAACGAGUCUUCACAAAUUUAAUAAAGUUCAGCGAGAUGCAUCUUAAAGUGUUUUACAAGUUAAUAUGGCUGCACUCUCUUUUAUAUUUGGGUGACAGCAUUGGAAUUUCUGGAAAACUGGAUUUCGAUGAUAAACCUUCAAUUGUUAAAACACCAAGACUAAGAGAUUCACUUUCGUACAAAACUUUAAAGACGUACGAAAAAUCUGGAAGUAGCGAUUUUGAUGAUAUCGGCGUGGUAUGCGUUUCAGGAGGAUGCAACACUACCAAACAUGGUGCGAAUAAAGACAGUGUUGAAACUGAUGUUGUGGUACAUGUAAAAACUAGAGUUGAACUAAAAAACCCGAAAAUUGAUGAUACCCCAGAUAUCCCUGUAGUUACUGGGUAUAAAGGGACCAAUUUAGAAACAGUUGGUGGUAAUUUAAAUGUGCAACCUUUAGUGGUGACUAAUAUUGAUGACGAGCUUAAUAGACCACAGUUUAUAGGCACCACAGAAAGCCCUUAUAUCAGUGCAAGCCCAUAUAGUAGCACAUCCAGAUCAUUUGUCCCAUAUGGCAACUUAAACCCUUAUAGUACUCUAUCACCUAUAAAUACUUACCCGACAUCUUCACCAUCACCAUAUACACCAAGGUAUUUAUAUGGUAUUCAAGAAGAACCACGUGUAGAUCUAACAAUACAAUCACUACCAUCUGUAAUGAAUGAUUUUGAUAGAAGUUUAAACCAAUUUGAUGCAUACCCGGGAUUUAUUGAGAACAAUAAUCGCCCAAAAUUUUAUCCAAUUCCAAAUCCACAUAGAAACACCCACAAAGUGCAUACUGCCCAUAGAUAUCCAAUCGAGAAUGGUUGGGAUAGAAAAAUACCGACAUAUCACAGACAUUCGACGAACGGUAUCAACAAUUGCAUCUGUAAAAAUGAACCAGGAGUUGAUCAACAAGUGUUUUCCAGUGAUAGUAGUGUAAGAAGAGUUUCUAUUGACGAUGGUAAUAUACGAAGAGUUUCUUUAGGCGACCCAGGGACUCAAAUCAACGAUAAACUAGCACCGUUAAACUAAAUUUAAUUGACAAUAUUACAGUAUGGUGGUGGUCAUUACUUGAAUUAAUUAAAAUAUUUUAUGUAAU